CUUAAACAAUUUGAAAUUAAAGGAAGUUUAGAAGUUAAAGGUAUUGUUUGUAAUGAAGCAUUUAAAAAUCUUUGCAACAAUCCUGUUAUUACCAUUUUAAAGCUUAAUCAAGGUCAGAUUGAUUCCGAAGGAAUGAAAACAUUAAUUGAAGCUAUUAAAAAAAACACCCUCUUUGACUUCUUUAUAUCUUUAUCAAAAUCAGCUUGA